AGUUUGAGGAGUGACUUAGCGGGGUAAGGAGUGAGUUUGAGGAGUGACUUAGCUGGGUGAGGAGUGACUUAGCGCGGUGAGGUUUGAGUUAGAGGGAUGAGGGUGUGGCCAAGGAGAGAGGGGUGCUUCAGCCAGCCAUUGAGAAACCAGGAAACCCCAUCUGUCAAAGCCGCUGAGUGUUCUGCCCCUUCAGUGAAGGGUCUGCGGCUCUGUGACAAGCACACAAUGUGUUUCAGAGAGGGAGAGAGGGGGACAGGCACCGCAGCCCUGCUUCACAGAGAGGAUUCAUCCCGUACUUGAACUGGAAAUAGGUGCCCACACUGUUUAUAUUUAGGUACCAGAACUGCAGACUUUCUAGACCAAUAUUCUACAAGAGGUGCAGGAACUCAAAAAGCAGCUGAACAUUUUUUUUUUGGCCUUUAGUUCCAGUGUUGUCUUGCUCAAGUCAAGCACUGGAUUCACCAGACAGACAAGCAGCCAGAACGUUAGUUAUGAUUGACGGUAUAGAGGAGGACCUGUGAACCGGACUACUGAACUAACUGCCGUCGGGUCGGAUACGGAGGAGUCUAAAUAUGGAGACCCUGCUGGCUGCGGCCCUGUAUGACAACAUAGCCGAUUGCAGUGAUGAGCUGGGCUUCAGGAAGGGAGACGUGGUUACAGUGCUGCAACAGGAGGUAGAAGGGAGCUGUGGUUGGUGGAUGUGCUUUCUGUCUGGACGACAAGGCCUGGCCCCAGCCAAUCGCCUGCAGCUCCUACCACUGGCCCCACCCCAGACCCCGGCUCAGACCCAGGGCGGGGUUACUGGUCCUGGUGCUGGUCGUGUUGACCCAGGUAGCAGUCAUGACGGUGACUCUGAUAGGCCGGGGAACUUCUACCAGAUCCCCAGCAUUUCCCGACACACCCAGUCCUCCAGCCCCACCUACGAACGCAUGGACCGUGUCUACAAGGCAUCUGUCAGCAGUGUGUUCUCUGGCUGUUCCAAUGGAGAGGUCUAUGAUGUCCCCAGCCUUGUCAGACGAGCUUCUCUCUUCACUGCAUCCACAACACCGCGACAUUUGACCCAGAAGGCGUCGUUGAUGGCAACCUCUGAUCUGGAGAGACAGUUUGACACCCGGGGCAGUAGGAGGCACUGCAGCCCCAGUCCCAGCCUGGAUUAUGUGUAUGCUGUUCCUCCCACGGUGGUCCCAGACCCCAGCUAUGACAUCCCUAUCCCCUCCUCCGUCCCCCCCUCCAUCCCUCCGGCCUCAGUCAUCCAGCAGAGGCUAGCGGCCGGAGGCUACAAUACCUCACCCAGCCUCCAGAGACAGCCUAGCAGUUACAACACCCUCCCCAACCCCCGCAAGUCAGACUGGAUCUACGAUGUACCCAGCUCUCCUGAGAAGCCUGGUGGUGAGCCUGGGUACUACAACAUCCUGCCAUCUGGUGGCCAACCUGGAUAUUACACACACCUGCCAUCUGGUGGCCAGCCUGGGUACUACACACACCUGCCAUCUGGUGGCCAGCCUGGGUACUACACCACCCUGCCCUCCAAGGCCCUGAGCUCUGACGGGCAGCUCCACGACACUCUGACAGACCGUAACUGCUCUGGUCAGGGACGUGGCUCUGCUCAGUCCUUCUACGACAUCCCCAAACCUAGAUCCCCUCCCCGGGGGUCCAAGGACCCCCCCAACCCCCCCAGGGUCCUCCCCAGGCCUCCUCUCUACGACAGACCACCAGGGCAGAGACAGACGGGCAAGGAGCACUGUGUGUACGCUGUCCCCUCUCGGGAGCAGCCCUCAGUCUCCGUCCCCCACAGAGGACACCAUGUCCCGUUGGAGUGUCGGGGGGACUCUGGUCCUACCUACGACCACCCCAACCCCCAGGGCAGGCUGCAGAGGGGCCGUCUGGGGCUAGUGGCUGGGGCUAUGGAAACCAGGCCUGGUAGGGGAGACAUUCUGUUACAGGAAGAGGAUGAAGAGAGAGUUAGAACGACAACGUCAACAUCAGACAAACAGAGGAUCAGCACAGCCUCCACGUCCUCCACCUCCUCCUCCUGCGACUCCCUGGUGUGCUCCUCCUCCCCGGAGCCGCAGCGGGAGGUGUGUCUGAGCCAGGAGGAGGCGUGUCGCAGGCUGCACCUCCUACAGCAGGAGGUGUGCAGGGAUGUGCCGCGACUCAUGGAGUUCGUCUCCUCUAGCUGGAGGAGCAGGGAUCACCUGGAAAAGCACCUCACGGAGAUCAGGUCUGCAGCAGAGGGUGUGGCGGGGUCGGUGACCUCCUUCCUGACCUUUGCCCUGGAUGUGAAAGGUAACGCCCGGCGCUUGACCGACUCCAACCUGCAGGCGCGUCUCCAGCGCCAGCUCUCAGUGUUGGAGGACUCCGGCCUCAUCCUGCAGCAGGCCGUCAGCUCCCUGGGCGUCGCCGGCUGGCCCCUCCCCUUGCUGGCCCAGGAUCCCGCCCAGAACCACACCCCAGACCAGCUGGACAGCCUCGUCAGGGUAACCAGGACCAUCCCCGAGGACGUCAAGAGAAUGGUAUCCAUCGUCAAUGCCAACGCCAAGCUGCUGUUCCGGCCCAGUACCAGUACCACCAAUAAUACCAGUACCAGUACCACCAAUAAUACCAGUACCAGUACCAGUACCAGUCAGUUUGUGAAGAAGAUAACAGAGCAGGGAGAAGACUCAGGAACAGACCAUCAUGACAAUGCCCAGCUACAGGAGGACCGUUGUGUGUCCGAGCCCCAGGUCUGUGUGGACGGCCCUAGGAGAUCUUCAGAACCCCUGUCUCCUAGGAAGCCAUCCAAAUCUGACUCUGGUGACGCCCCCAGGAGGACCUCUGAGCCCCAGGUCUCCCUGUCUGCUAGGAUGGCCUCUCAGUCUGAGCCCCAGGUCUCGGACAUCCCUAGGAAGUCCUGUAACUCCCAGGUAGACGGCCCUAAGAGACAACCCACCCUGACAGAACAUUGCCGGCUGUACUUCGGGGCGCUGCAGAAGGCAAUCGGUGUGUUCAUAACCAGCGUGGACAGCCAGCCCCCGGAGAAGUUCAUCUCUCACAGCAAGCUGGUCAUCAUGGUAGGCCAACGACUGGUGGACACGCUGUACCGAGAGGCCCAGAAAGGAGAGUCCCAGAGAAGGGAGCCCGGGUCGGUGUCAGGGCCCAGCCAGAGCCAGAACCAGGUUCUGCUGUGUAAGUGUAACAACAUGUGUGCCCUGUUAAAGCAGCUGGCAGUAGCCACCAAGAAGGCAGCUCUGCAUUACCCUGAGAGACAGGCUCUGCAGGAAGCCCAGGACUUUGCCAAGGAGCUGGCUCAGAGAGCACAGCACUUCAGGAUCUCUCUGGAUCUCUGAGAGAGACAGUCUUUUAUUUUAUAGUCUAGAAGACAGACCUUUAUCUUAAGGACGCAACAGACAGUGCCGACGAACAGUGAAAAGCUGUCCUAUUCCCUCUGAACGUCGCCAUAACGUUGAAUCGGCACCAUUCAUCAACACGCAGCGGGUGCUCCACAGCCGACGUUCAUGUAGGUCUGUAUUUUCCUCGUCAUUGGAGCUCCAAAAGCCAGUUUAUGCUCGAUCCGUGAAUGUGGUCGGAGGCGCAGUAUGAAAGGUGUGACGCAAUUGCGGAGCCUCCGGAAGCAUGCAGAGGCCAAAUUGAGCGGCGUACGCCACCCCCCAAAAAAAUGUUCAACAAUGUGGAGGGCUCCGUAUAGCACUGCAUUGACAUGAUGGGUUGACGGUAGGUGAGGGUAAGAGGUCCUGUAUAAACACAAACUCACUUCCUCGACAACAGCUCUACUCAACUGCUCCGUGAAGAGCAAGGAGUACGAACGGCCCCUGACUUCCGUAUCAUCCCGAAACGGUUCACGGGCCCACGCAGGCGUCGGAUUGACCACGCGGCGCCUUUUAAAAGGAGACUGGUCCGCUCUGCAACCAUUGCGCCAACUAAAAUGUUCCCCAGAGGACCUGCAGACUAAUAAAAAACUAAAUUGCACAUUUAAGGUGGAAUUUUAUGAAGCCAAAUCUAAGAUGCAUUUACCAAGACAUUUAAUGUGACACGUAUACCAUAGAGAUGUGUUAUUACUUGUAUAGUUGACUUUGAUAUCAACGGCCUGAAUAAUGUAGUAGAAUAUUUUGACUGUAUUCUGUUUCACUGUUUCUAUAGGAACCCAGUUACCCUAUAGCCUACUACUUACUGUAUGUAGCCUUCUCAAAAUACAAUUUAGUACAUUCCUAAUUUUAAAAUAAUAUGAUUAAAUAGUUGGAAAGAAUAAAAAACAAGUUCACAUAAAUAAAAUAAAAACAUUUAUUUUGCUUCAA